CGGGUGGCUAGUGUGCAGGUUGAUAGAUGAUCCCAGCGAAUUGCUGCUGUUGUAUGUUUUUCUUUUCCAUAUUCUUUUUCGGUUUUCGGUAUUUUUGGUUGCUUCUGUUCGGAAAACUGUUCAGCAAAGAGGAAUUGGGGAAACAGUACCGUACCCAGUGUCAAAGGCAACUAAAGACCCCCUCAACGGCGCAGUCCCCAGCUAGGAUUAUACCGUCUCGGAAGCGCAUACAGCCCACUGGCCUGACGACCUGCAUUGAGAUUAGCCGCAUAAGCCUCAAGAGCAGCCUGCGCGGCGGUCACAGCCGAAUCGUUAGUUUCAUCGCGAUCACUUUGAAUAACAACCAUAAGGUGAUUCUCACAAAGAACAGCGUCGAUUUCCGUCGUGACAUGGCAUUCGUACCCGGAUCGAAGAAAGUCGAUGGCUAGAUUGAGGUAUUCGAGUUCGUUUGGCAUGGCCAUUUCGUAGGGGCCGACGUAGAUGUAGUAUGUGGAUAGGUUCGACAU